UUCAGCCCACGGUGUGACAGAAACUUUAGCUGAAGUGAGGCAGGUCGCUGACUUGUUGUCUGUCAUGGAGCCCAGAGUUGGUGAACACAUGCCGAACGUCAGAGCUAAAGCUAACCUGCUAGCAUUAGCCACUGUUAGCAUGCUAGCGCAAGUUAGUGCUGCCUUCAAGUGCUCCGAGUGAGCUCCGACAACAGGGCUUCUAAACGCCGGCUUGACAGGUUGAUGUUUCAUAAUGUGGAGAGGGGAGCAUAGCCCGCGGGCUUUCCAGGCCCCCGUGGACGUUCACGCCAGCGCUGAUGGCCAGGUGUACAUGUUCAAGAGGAGGCCGAAUGAGUAUUCUGUAUCCUCAGACGAUGAGGAGCUCAGCGUCAUGGAGAUGAGGCCGCGAGCGUCGCAAGAUCAGACGCAGGACCGGCUGAGGAAUGUCCAGCUGCUGGAGCGGGAGGUGGUGGAUGGCGAUAAUCUCAACAAGCUUGCACUGCAAUAUGGCUGCAAGGUGGCGGAUAUAAAGCGGGUGAACAACCUCAUGCAAGAACAAGAUCUGUUUGCACUGAAAUCUAUUAAAAUACCGGUUCAGAAGCACAGCUUUUUAUCAGAGACUUUGUCAGACGUGAGUGAACCUCAAGAAGAAAUGCCACACUCAUCUCCAACACCAGUGAAACCUCUGGACAGGGCCAGAGUCCAGCCACAUCUACAGGAGGUCACAGACUUUCUGAUGGAGGUGGAUAACGAUAUUGACAAAUUGAUUCAGACCACGGCUGAUCAAGACGAGGAUUCUCUGGAUGACUCUGAGAAACCACGAAGGUUCGGUUUCAGAGGAAAGCGCCCGACAGGUCACGGUGCAGACUGGGGAAUCCAGUGGUGGAACGCUGUCGUUGCAAUGCUCCUCAUUGGUAUUGUCCUGCCAUUAUUUUAUGUGAUUUACUUCAAAACAAAAGAUAACGGAGCGGUUUUACCCACAGAUGCUGCUUUUCAGUCAUCUAGCUCCUCCUCCAAUGCUUCAGGGACAAACCACGGUACAGGAAGAAGUGAGAGUUUUCAGAAACCAGGAUAGUUUGACUCUCAUGAAAACCAGAAUCGUCUUUUAAGACUUUGUGAUCCUGGAAGUAGAUGACAAUCAGUAUUUGUAACUCAGUGCAAUAACGCGCCACGUGUCUAACCAUUGACCUUUUAUUGUGCCAUAACUGUGAUUGUUGAGGCAGAUCGGUCAGGAACUGUCUUUAAGGUAAUGUGAAGUAGUUUUUAUCUCAGUUCAGGACAUCAACUCAUAAUUGUAAUAUACAGAUCCUGUUAUAUUACUACGACUCCUUUUGGAGACUGUUCCCUAUGUGCCUUCACUGUAUUUGAGGUCUAGUUUUAGCUUUACCCUCCUCACCUCAACAGAAAGUGUAUUUAUCUGGAGAGAAACAUCUACACUGUGGUCUUGUUUUGUAUCACAAGCUGCCUUUGCGUCAGGAUUGUCAUAUCCGUAGCAACAUAUUUUCGAACUUUUCCCCAAAACCGAUAAAAAAAGAGAUGCAUUGUGUUCCUUUUUACCAAAACCGUGUGAGGUUAAACUGUAUUACUUGUGUGCUUUUCGCUGUAUCCUACCAUUUGUGUCGGUUUGGUUGUUGUUUAGUUGCUGCACAGCUUUCUGGGACAAACGUUGCCAAACGUGUGAAUGUGUUUACAGUUAAUAAUGUGGUGCAAUAUACUUUAUCUUGGUACGUUGCAUGUGCUCAUUUAACAUCUUCAGCGCUGUCUUUAUAAUACAAGAUGAUGUAUUUUAAUGUGGCAUUUUACUAAUUUAUAAACUCCCUGACUAUGUGCCUGAUUAAGUGCCUUAAACCUGAAGUGACAUUAUAUUGCAAAGGUGGUGAAUUUGGGUGACUUGUGCACUUUUCAAUCUUGGAAAUAAUGUUUUCAUUUUUGUGAAACCGGAAAAAAAAAAAGUGUUUUGUCUACUUGUUUUCUAAAUUCUAAGUUAAACUUUGAGUCUUUCUGUUCAGCAUGUUGUAAGUUGAAAACAAACUUUAACGCAUGAAUGUCUCUAUAAAGUUUUCUCUGACAUGUUGA